AUGGAUGAUCCAUCAAAGUUAGUACAAAGAAGUGAACGGGCUCAGUACGACGAAAGUCCUGCCAUUCAUUACGGGCUGAUUGCUUCCGGUAAUCAAUUAAUGAAUGAUGCUUUGAUUCGAGAUGCACUUGCCGCGGAAAAAGACGUCCUCUUUUUUGAGAUGGAAGCUGCCGGACUGAUGAACACUUUCCCGUGUUUAGUUAUUCGGGGUAUCUGCGACUACUCGGACUCACAUAAGAACAGAAGGUGGCAAGGCUAUUCAGCAAUGGUGGCAGCUGCUUACGCAAGGGACCUUCUACAGAGGAUUCCUAUUAAUAGAGUUGAAGCCGAAGAGAGAAUCAGUUUGGUUAUAUCUAGUUAUGUAGACGAACAUGUUUAUCAUCAAGUUUUCAAGAACAUCAAUCCGAAAAGAAUAGAAGGAACAUGCCAAUGGGCUCUACAAAGCCCUGAAUACAUCCGUUGGUGGAAGAGCAUCCAAAAUGAUCUCCUAUGGGUGUCUGCCGACCCUGGUUGCGGAAAGUCUGUACUGGCUAGAUCGAUCGUUGAUGACGUGAAAAUUUGUCCAGCUGUGACGAUUUGUUACUUUUUCUUCAAGGACAACGACGAACAGAACUAUCUCGCUACAGCACUAUGCUCAAUUCUCCAUCAGCUAUUCAGCCAGCGGCCGCAUCUAUUGGACCAGGCAAUGCCACACUGGAAAAGGAACGGAGAAAGACUCCGUCAAGAGAUCGAUGAACUUUGGCAGAUCUUUAUAGAAGCUUCAUUAUCAGACGUAUCGUCUCUGACGAUAUGUAUAUUCGAUGCACUAGAUGAAUGCCGUGAGAUUGAUCAAGAUCGGUUAACUAAGAAACUCCAGUCUUUCCACCGCCAGCAAUGCUCAUCAACACAGGACGCCGGCUUGGACGCCAGUUGGUCCGCCACUUUGAAAUUUUUAGUCACCAGCCGUCCCUAUACACACAUCCAGAGUCGCUUCCAAAUGAUCACGGACUCAUUUCCAAACCUACACCUGAAAGGAGAGGACGAAAACGAUCAGAUUCAUAAGGAAAUCGAUUUGGUUGUGAAAAUGCAAGUUGAGGAGCUUGCCAGAUCAGCAUUUUUGUCAUCCGAUAUAAAAAAGCGACUCGAAGAACAGCUUCUGCAAAUGGAACACCGAACCUAUCUUUGGUUACAUUUGGCUAUUGACGAUAUCCGAUCUACGCUCGAGAAUAGCCUCCAACCCGCUCUAGAGUCAAUUCAAGCAGUGCCUCCCUCGGUGAACGAGGCAUAUACAAGGAUUCUCAGUAGAGUUCCACCUGAACAGAUGAAUGUUGUGAGAAAGGCGUUGCAAAUCAUCGUUGCAGCAAGGCGUCCUUUGUCAAUAGUGGAAAUGGCUAUGGCACUCGGGAUAGCUAUCAAACCACAAGCAAAAUCUUCAAAAGAUGCUGGCCUGGAACCGCUUCAGAUUGAAAAGAAGCUCUGCCGUCUGUGUGGCUUAUUCGUCUUCAUCAACAAUUCCAAAAUCUACCUGAUUCAUCAAACCGCAAGGGAGUUUCUCAUCGGAGAUGCGAGUUUCCAUCGUGUCGGUUUUCCAUAUUCAUGCAGCGUCAGCGAUACUGAGAGCCUGAUGGCUGAGGUUUGCGUACGAUACUUAUUGAUGGAGGAUUUCGGAUAUGGAGAUGAAACGUCCUCCAAUACUCGAAGUCUUUUGGAAUACUCAGCAGAACAUUGGCCAGAUCACGUACGGAAUAUGUCUCCGACCUCGAAGAAUUGUACACUUCUGGACGAUAUGUCUUACCGGUUAUAUGACACAUCGACUGACCGGUUUUCGCUUUGGUAUGCUAUUUUCUGGGAUAGAGUGUCGAAGCCCAAAUUCCGGAACCGUUCUCGAGGCCUGUGCAACAGAAAAUCUUGCAGACUCAGUUCCAUACAAUUGGCUGCUUUCAAUGGUCAUGCUCGAAUUAUUGAAAGGCUGGUCCAUGAAGACAAAGAAGACGUAGAUCAAACAGGUCAGCAUAUGACCACCGCUUUGAUAUGGGCGUCAUGGAAAGGGGAACAUCAAAUCUGUCAAUUCUUGUUGGAAAAUGGUGCAAAUCCAAAUCAUCAUGGAGACAUUGAGCUUGGAUACCCACUAGCAAUUGCGACAUAUCAAGGAUAUUUCAAAGUUGUCGAAACUCUGCUAGAAAAUGGAGCAGACCCCAACCUCACAAGCUCAUAUGAAUUUGGCUGUCCUCAAAGAACUUCAGCUCUUCAAUUGGCUGCCUACAAUGGCGACUUUGAAACCUCACGACUUCUUCUAGAGAGAGGGGCCAACGUCGAUGAUCGCGGUGGUGAACACGGAUCUGCCAUUCAGGCUGCAUCAUCCCAAGGCCAUCUUCAGAUUGCUCGGCUCCUACUGAAGAAUGGGGCUGAUCCGAACGACUCGACCCAUGGACCAUGGGGUAGCGCCUUGAUUGCUGCUUCUUGGAAUAGCUUUCAUGAAAUUAUUCAACUCUUACUAGAGGCCGGAGCAGAUUCUGCAUACGACGAUGAAGAUUAUAACACAGCUCUUUAUAUUGCUGCCGAAUGGGAUGACCUCAAAACAGUGAGAAUGCUUAUAAAACAUGGAGCUGAUGUUAAUUUGCAAACUUCGCGAUAUGGAAGUGCUCUGACAGUGGCCUCGAGUCGUGGGCAUCUUGAGAUUGUGUGUUUUAUGUUGGAGAACGGAGCCGACGUCAAUGGCAGUGGAGGUCGUUACAACUAUAAUGCUUUGGCACGGGCCUCUGGUUCUGGCCGUCUUGAAGUUGUGAAGGUUUUAUUAGAGGCAGGAGCAAACAUUCAUGCUGAGGAUGACCAUCGUGGAAGUGCUCUGAGAGCUGCUCGGUUCAUGGGACAAGAUCAAGUUGCGGAAUUUCUGGUGGACCUUGGAGCUACCUCGUAG